UUUUAAAAGGAGUCCGAAAUCCGAUUGACGUUUUCACACUAGCAACUGGUUAGAUCCUAAAUGAUCUUCUUCUAGAUCUCACUUUGAUCACUUCAAUGCGCCGGAAAGAGAGAUGACAAGGCGAUCUGGUGCUUGCUUGAGGUGCUGUUUGGUGGUUUUCGCAGUGGUAUCAGCCCUUUGCGUAUCUGGUCCGGCUCUGUAUUGGAAAUUCAACAAGACUAUGAAACUCGGUGCCGCCGCUUCCCCUUCAUGCAGCCCCUGCAUCUGCGAUUGCCCCCCUCCUCUUUCUCUUCUCAAGAUCGCUCCUGGAUUGGCAAAUCUGUCUGUUGCAGAUUGUGGAGGGGAGGAUCUUGAAGCAAAGGAGGAGAUGGGGAAGAAAUUCGUAGAUCUGUUAACGGAUGAAUUGAAGCUGCAAGAAGUGGUUGGGGAAGAACAUGCUCACCACAUGAACAUCACAUUGGUUGAAGCAAGAAGAGUGGCUUCUCAGUACCAGAAGGAGGCAGAGAAGUGUAAUGUUGCCACAGAAACGUGCGAGCAGGCCAGAGAGCGGUCUGAGGCUUCGUUGAUUAAGGAAAAGAAGAUUACUUCCUUGUGGGAACGAAGAGCCAGACAACUCGGUUGGGAAGGAGAAUAAUGAUAAACCACCAUUUUUUUGGCUAAAACAAACAGUUUCGGAUCUUUUCUUUUGUUGUAAUUCCUCCUGUAGAGUGUAGAGGCCUAAAAUUGGCUUUAUUAUUAUACCCAGUGGAUUGUUACUCCAAUUUAGCUAAUUGAAAUCCACACUAUAAACAAAGACUCUUUUAUUUAAUUUAGGAUAAAAGAUUUAAAUAUAAUGUUCUU